AUUUUGUAGCUCUUUCUUUGCUCUAUCGAUUGGUAUGUAAAAGAGCUUGGCUUACACGUAAAAAUAUGUCAAAACAGCUCUAAUUAUUGUUCGGAUGUGAAGUACUGAAUAAUACUCCUGUAAAAGGACAGUAUUUUCCAUGAUUAAAUUUUUAAUGAAAGAAUAUUAGUUUUUAUAUGAAACGAUGCAGUAUUAAACACUCUUUCUAACCAAUAUAGAUUGAGCUUGACACAUUGCCUAAAAGUCGUAUAUUUCGAGCUAAUACUAGACAACUAUGAGCCCAAUGAAACUUCAAUACUUUUUUGUAGGUAUUCUUCCUCAAAAUAGCUUAUAAUCCUCACAGCUUGACUUGAAAUUAUUACCAAAAGAAUCAUCACAUUUUUUCACAUAGGAUAGGCGAUAAAGUGACUGAAAAUAUCCUAUGGGCCAAAUCGACUUCUUAUGCGCCCCUGUCCUUUGAUCAUGAUAUCCAACCACAGUUCGUACCAGUUAUUGUUUCGAAUUCUAUACAUAUCCCGUAUUACUCAAGCCAUUCUGUUCCGGUUUCAACUUGUAUUUCAUCUAUUUGUUCACUAUUUGUACCUCACUCCUUUUUCUCUUCAUCACGUAAUCCAUUAGCUGUUCCACAGAAAUUUCUUGAAUUUCAUAAUUAUGUAUCUUACAUCACGUUAUCUAAUCUUUCAUUUCGAACACAAUUUAUUAAUCAAGGUACCUGCCUUGGUUAUUUGUGUCAAUAUUCUUCUACACCUCAACGUAAUAAAAUCAGACAUAAUUUGAAUACUCCUUGUGGUGCCGCCGAUUUGAUUGGCGAUGAACCAGUUUUUCUUGGCGUAUCAAAUGAUAAAAUACCUCCACAAGAUGUAACUCAAUUAACUAAUAGUAUACCUAGUAUACCUUCCACUGUUAGUAACGUACUUUCUUCUGCAGAAAAUGCUUUUCGUGAAUUAAUUAAACAUGUUGAUAAUAAAAAUCAACAAAAUGAUCUUCUUGCACUUCUAUUUAAUUUCCGACAUAUUUUCGAUACACAGAAACAUAACAUUGCGAAGACACGUAUCCAUCACAUAAUUAAUACAAACCCCCAUUCCCCACCAGCUUCAAAACCUUAUCUACAACCAGAUAAGGAGGAAAAUAUGUUUAAUAUGAUUCAAGAAUUUUUACAAGCUGGACUAAUUUCCGAAUCUCACUCUCCAUAUGCUGCUCCUGCCUUUCUCGUUAAGAAAAAAGAUGGUACAUUUCGUCUCGUAGUGGAUUAUAAGAAAUUGAAUUUAAUAACUAUUAAAGAUUCCUCACCUCUACCUAACAUGGAAGAUGCAAUUCGAAAACUUGGACCAGGUUAUCAGUAUUUUUCUAAGUUAGAUUUGAAGUCUGGGUUCUACCAGAUUCCAAUAAGAGAAGAAGAUAAACCAAAAACAGCUUUUAUUACACCUUUUGGACUUUUCCAAUUCAAUGUACUCCCCAUGGGAUUGAAAAAUUCCCCUCCCACAUUCCAAAAGGUUAUGACUGAUACAUUAAAAAAUUGUCGUCCCUUUUCACUUGUAUAUCUAGAUGAUAUAAUUGUUUACUCCAAAUCAUACGAGGAACAUCUUGAUCAUCUUAAACAGGUUUUUACAGUACUGAAUGAUAAAAAUUUCGUUUUAAAUCCUCCGAAAUGUGAAAUAUUAAUGCAAAGGAUUAAUUAUCUUGGUCAUACUAUUGACAAAGAUACAAUUAAACCUAUGAUAGAGAAAAUCGAAGCUAUCCUUAAUAUGAAAGAUCCUUGUACAUUAACAGCAGCUAAUAAGUUUAUUGGCGCUUUGAGUUGGUAUAGAAAAUUCAUACCUGGGUUUGCUUCAGCAGCUUCCCCAAUACAUUCAGUUACUAAUCUUACUAGAAAUAAUCGUCGUAAAUUCCAGUGGAAAUUCGCUCAAUCACAAGCUUUUCAACGAUUGAAACAAAUGCUUGUAUCAGAACCUUUAUUUUUACAUUAUCCUGUCGAUGAUAAACCUAUAAUACUAACUACAGAUGCUAGUGGAGUAGGUAUAGGUGGUGUUUUGCAACAGGAAGUCAAUGGGGAAAUGCGCAAUCUGUACUAUCCUUCACAGUUAUUGACUCCUUGUGAACGCAAAUAUAGUACAAUAGAAAAAGAAGCUCUUGCGAUCUUCAAAUGUAUUAACCGUAUGCGAUCCUUUUUAUUGG